AUCAGCUGAUGUUAGCUGUUUUUUGUGUGCGACCUGAAACUCUGUGUUUGUUAUUCCAGUGAUUGUAACUAUAACAUUUUCAUAGACUCUCCCGAGUGAUAUAAACUACCUCUGAUUAGAUGUAAUUGGAAUGUGAUAAUAGGAAAGACUGCCAACACAACAAAAAAGUGCUCAAUUAUCAGUGAUUAAAUAAAUUAGUGACUAUUGAUUAACUAAAUACAAGUAAGCUCCGCACACUCGAAAUUUUUAUCAAGCGAAACGCAAAAUAGAAAAGCCCCCCGAGCAGGUCAAUUACACCCGAAGUGCGACGAAUAGAAACACGAACACUAAAUGCGUAUCGCCAUGGGUCCCAGUAUGCUGUCAGCCCUCAAGCGGCUCUCAACCCGAAGAAGCCCCACGAUCUUCUCCAGCAAUCAUAUACGAUCGUUGAGCUCCCUCGGUGUCAUGAGUCUACCAGAGCGUCAACCCUUCUCGCCAGACUUCUUCUUCCGCCAACUUUUCGAUGGCGAAAGUAGCACCUAUAGCUACCUCUUGGCAGAUCUGAAGAACGGCGAGGCUGUGAUCAUAGAUCCAGUGCUGGAGCAGGCCAAGCGGGAUGCCCAGCUGGUCAAGGAUCUGGGCUUUGAACUCAAAUAUGCCAUCAACACCCAUAUGCAUGCCGAUCACAUAACGGGCAGCGGCUGGUUGCGACAACUCACGGGGUGUCAAUCGGUGAUUGCCGCCGCCAGUGGAGCCAAGGCGGAUCGUCAUCUCAAGGAGGGGGAUCGCAUUAAGUUUGGUACCCAUGUAAUAGACACUCUGGCCACCCCCGGACACACGAAUGGCUGUAUGAGCUAUGUGAUCAAGGAUCAGGCCUGCAUCUUCACGGGGGAUACUAUACUGAUACGCGGUUGUGGACGCACCGAUUUCCAGGAGGGUUCGCCCCGUAAUCUCUACGAGAAUGUGCACCAGAAGAUCUUUACGCUGCCGGAGAAUUAUCGCAUUUAUCCGGCUCAUGAUUACAAAGGUCAAUUGGAGAGCAGUGUCUGGGAGGAGAAGCGCUAUAAUCCCAGGUUGACCAAGGAUCUAGAGGAGUUUAUCAAGAUUAUGGACAACCUGAAUUUGCCCUAUCCCAAGAAGAUAGAUGCCUCGGUGCCCGCCAAUAGGGAGUGUGGGGUGUACGAUAUACCCAAGGAGUAGAGCUCAGUAUAGACCCAAAAAAAUACUCUUCCCUCCCCCUGAAGACUUUAUAUAUAUAAUCCGAUAAUGCUUCCAAGAGAUUUGUAAUCUUUAAAAUAAACAAAACGCAUAUUUCUUAUCAACUUA